AUGGGGUUUGGGGUUGGGGCCGUGGGACUGUUUCUGGGGGAUGAGUCUGAGGGAAGAACAGGAGACAUGGGGAAGGAGAAUCCAGAAGACAAAAGUGCAGCUGUGACUUCAACCUGCUCUCCACAGGAUGACUUUGAUCUUCCAGUGUUCUUGUCGAGUGGAGACUUCACAAUAGGAGGAAUUUUUCCUUUACACUAUAGAGUAGAACUUCCAUCAACAGACUACAUUAAGAGACCUUUGGCAGCACAGUGUCAAGGGUUUGAUCCAAGAGCUUUCCGCUGGGCUCUUUCUAUGAAGCUUGCUGUGGAGGAGAUAAACAAUAGAAAAAAUCUCCUUUCAAAUCAUACACUGGCUUACAGGAUUUUUGACUCUUGCUCUACCCCUGUAACGGCUCAGAAAGCAGUCCUGGCAGUACUGAAUGGGCAGGAUGUUGUUCAGAGUUCAAUGUGUUCUGGAACUAGUCCUUUAUUAGGAUUAAUAGGGGAAUCUGGAUCUUCACAAUCCAUUGUUCUCUCCAGAACUGUGCAACCCUUCCAAAUACCCAUGAUAAGCUAUUUCUCAACCUGCUCUUGUUUAAGUAAUCGGAAGCAGUUCCCAACAUUUUUCAGAGUGGUUCCCAAUGAUGAUUAUCAGGUCAAAGCUAUUGCACAGCUGUUAAAAAGGUUUGGCUGGACAUGGAUUGGUGUGGUCACUGAAGACCAUGACUAUGGCAGAUUUGCUUUACAAGGCUUAAAGCGAGAAAUUGAAAAUACUAACAUUUGUUUGGCCUAUCAUGAAAUGAUCCCAAAAGACUAUACCCAAGAAAAAGUCCUAAAGAUUCUUAAAGUAAUGAAGGAAUCCACAGCUAAGGUGGUGGUUGUUUUUUCAGUAGAAGGGGAAUUUUACCCUUUCUUGAGAGAGUUUGUGACUCAAAAUAUCAUUGGAAUUCAAUGGAUUGCAAGUGAGGCUUGGGUAACAGCUUCAAUGUUAGCAGAAACAUAUCCAUUCCUAGAUGGCACAAUUGGGUUUGCAAUACGUCAAGGACACAUCCCAGGUCUCCAGGAUUACCUCAAAACAGUGACCCCAGAAAGGUACCCUUCAAACCCCCAAGUUCAGGAGUUGUGGGAGGCUCUGUAUGGUUGUUCCCCCUCCACGUCCAACUUGAACAGUAAUUUGCCCUCCUGCACAGGGAAAGAAACUCUCAGACAAGAACACUCUGCCUACAUGAACACUUCCAGCCCUCGUGUGACCUACAAUGUGUAUAAAGCAGUGUAUGCCUUUGCUCAUUCUCUACAUAAUCUCAUUCACUGCAGGCCUGGAAAUGGUCCAUUUGAGAAUGCAUCAUGUGCAAACCUCAGUAAGGUGUUUCCAUUGCAGCUUCAGCAUUAUCUUGAGGAUGUUUCCUUCUCAGUAUCUGGAGAAAAUGUUAACUUUGAUAAUAAAGGAGAUUCAAUUCCAUAUUAUGAUUUGAUAAACUGGCAAAGACAGUCAAGUGGAGAUAUUCAGUUUGUGAAAGUGGGCCUCUAUGAUGGUGCUCAGAAUUCUGGGAGAGAACUGGUGAUUGAGGAACAGGCCAUUAUGUGGUCUAAACAACAGAACAAGGUACCUGUCUCUGUGUGCAGUAAUAGCUGUGCCCCAGGGUUCAGGACAGCUGCCCGUCGUGGGCAACCUCUGUGCUGCUUUGACUGCGUUCCAUGUGAGAGUGGCAAGAUCAGUAAUCAGACAGAUUCAGUAGACUGUCUGCCAUGCCCUGAAGACUUCUGGUCCAAUGCAAACGGAACAGUGUGUGUCCCAAAAGUAGUUGAGUUUCUCUCCCAUGAUGCAAUGGGAAUCACGCUGACUGUGAUAGCUAUAGUUGGAGCCUUUCUGACUAUCACAGUGCUGGGAAUAUUUUUGCACAACAGAGGAACCCCUAUAGUCCGUGUGAAUAACUCAGAGCUCAGUUUCUUCAUCUUGUUAUCACUGACUCUGUGUUUUCUAUGCGCUUUGGUGUUUAUUGGGGAACCCACAUCCUGGUCCUGCAUGCUACGACACACUGCCUUCAGCAUCACCUUCUCCCUCUGCAUAUCCUGCAUCCUGGGCAAGACUUUAGUGGUGCUAGCAGCUUUUACAGCUACCCGACCAGGAAACAAUAUAAUGAAAUGGUUGGGCCCAAUACAGCAAAGAAUCAUAAUCUUCUGCUGCACUCUAGUUCAGGUGGUUAUAUGUACUGUCUGGCUUGUAGCGUCCCCUCCUUUCCCCUAUAGAAACACUAAAUAUCAGCAGUCCAAGAUCAUCCUGGAUUGCAGUGUGGGCUCUGAUCUGGCCUUCUGGUGUGUGUUGGGAUACAUAGGCCUUUUGGCUUGUGUCUGUUUUUUUCUGGCAUUUUUAGCAAGGAAGUUGCCUGGCAAUUUUAAUGAGGCCAAAUACAUCACUUUCAGCAUGCUUAUAUUUUGUGCAGUAUGGCUGGCAUUUGUACCUGCAUAUGUCAGCCAGCCUGGUAAAUUUACAACUGCUGUGGAAAUUUUUGCUAUUUUAGCUUCUAGUUUUGGCCUGCUCCUCUGCUUAUUUGCCCCCAAGUGUUACAUUAUUUUAUUAAAGCCUGAAAAGAACACCAAGCAACAUCUCAUGGGAAAAGUUAUUAAAUGA